AAAAUAGGUUAAGUUUCAAUACAAUUAUGAGUGGCCAACAAAUCAAUGACAGACAACUCAAUGAAUUGAUGGAUAAACUUAGUCUAAUGCAGCAACAAAAUAAUGUCCAUGGGUCUGCGGUUAACCUAAACAUCACUUCCAACAACAACAGCCGAUCCAAUGAUCGGGAAGAAAACAUCAAAAGAUGUAUCCAAAGUCUGGUCCAUUCAAGUGAGUGUACCGACGGCUACUGUCAACAGCCGGCCUGUCAUAAGCUAAAGCGUGUGGUCGUCCACUCGCGUAGUUGUGACCGCAAACGCAUCGUCGACCCGAUUACCGGUCGUCUCGGUUGUACUGUUUGUAGACAACUGAUUGCUUUGUGCUGUUAUCACGCAAAAUGUUGUCAACAAAUCCGAUGUCCAGUUCCCUACUGUUAUAACAUUAAACGUAAGCUCAGAGAUCACAGACAUCGACAAUACAGAGAACAGUUGACAAAUCGUAGGAAACGGUUAACUGAGGCAAUCCUACGGGUGGCCCGAUUCAGAUCAGCUCAGUCUCCAGAAGAAGACAACGAAAUGAUGGAUGAGAUAAAUAUCUCUUCACUGGUUAUCAAAGAAGACUAAUUUAUUUUUUGUUAACCAAACUA